UAUUUUUGCCAGAGCAGUACUACCUGUUUUCUUAGUUCCCAGCCAAAAAAUACGGCAAAUAUAGACAUGAAUGGAACUCCAAAGAAUCUUCCUAGACAGAGUUUCGAUUUUUUCGGAGGGUAUGGCAUCGAAGACGAGAUGUGCGUCAAUUAUAUUUACUACUUUCCUGUUUCUGAAGUCGAAGUUUGCAAAUCAGCAGUGGACAACACAACGUUGCACAACUAUUUCGAACACGAGCACGACAUUCAAGAAUGGGACCUAUCAAUCCACGAAAAAUACGAAAAAAUAGUCUGGACGGAAGAAAAUGUUGCAUCUCUCAAGGAGUUGUACACAGCGGCUCCUUUAAACAUGCACUGCUAUAGAAACGACGGAUCCCUAUUCCCGAACCAUCCAACUAAUUGGAGCGCAGUGCCACAGCCAAGAGUAUUCACUCCUCCUCACAUGAAAUACAGAGACGAGAGUGAAUGUCCAGCUUUAAAUGAUUAACGUGUGUGCUCUAAUAAGGAGCACAACAAUGAAGUCAAAUACUGUUUUAAUUAUAUCAUUAGCUGGCAUACCAGGCUUCGCCCGUACCUGUCACACUUUGAUAAAGAUCACCAUCUCCUAAUUGUAUACAAUAUUUUCCUAUCUUCCACUUUCAUUGCCCCUCCCUGCCCCAUUCAGCUGGCAUAAACAGCAAGCUUACUUACUCC